UCUGGGUUUCUAGAUGCUUUUACAGAGUAAUGUCCACUAGCAGUAGUAAGACUUAACAUUCUGUGGUUCAGACAUCCUGGCUUGCUUUCAGGCAUACUCUGGUGCCCGCUUCACAGCUGAAGCAACUACUGGGAGAAUGAUUGUGGCUUUACCAGCCUUUUAAAAUGCCACAAGUGGUUGUUGCCAGCUAUCACCUGCACCUUCUCAUUUCUUGGCUUAUCCACCUGUGUGCCACAGUGUGAACGUAUGUGAGCCUGGUGUGCAUUUGACUGGAAGUUUUGCAUCUAAAUCUACUUCUGAGAUCCCAGCUCAGACGUUGGCAGCAGUGCUAGCAUCUGUGUCUUGAAUGAUGUUUUUUGCAACCUUUGUCUUCAGUGAUUGUUUUCCGGCCUCAGUAAUGAAAAGCUUUGCAAAAAUAAUUCUGAGAUUUUUUUUUUUCCUGGACUUGUCAACCUAUGCCAUAAACUUUCAUAUGCGGCGUCCUUAUGGGCCACUUUGUACUUUUUUCCAUGGACCUUAUUAACAGCCCUGUAGGACAGACACUUCUGUUAAUCAUCCUCUUGAGGUGGUAACCAGUAUGAAAUCCUGCUCUGUUUCCCAUGCUAGUGCUAACUCUGCAGUGGAAGCAGGUGUUCAAACUACUAAAAACAACGCAAAACAAAAAAAAAACCCAACAGUGUGAAACUUUGUUUUUCAGGGGGGCAUUUGGAUCUCUGAACAGCUCAGAGACUACUAAGGAGAUAUACUUCCUCCAGGGAUCUUUUAUCAUAAAAGCAGCUUAAGUGACUCAUUCUUUCCCUGAGGAUAUUCUUAAAACAACUCCACUCAUUUUGUCUUCUAGCGGUCAGAAACAGUACUUAUUUUGUGCUGUCUUUCAGGAAAAAAAAAAAAAAACAACAACCCAAAACAAGCAUCUUUUGAAAAAAGUUAAUGGCCAUAUUUCCAGGAGGAUCUGGACUACAUUUAAUAUUAAAGGUUUGCACAGCUCGCUAAUGCAGGGGCUGACUGGCACUCUAUGUUUGCUCAAGCAAGUGCUUCAGCGAAAAAUUCAGCACUAUUUUUAGUUCUCUUACAACAAACCACUUGAUUGUAAGGCCUGGGGAACUGUGACAUUGUGAUUUCGAGGGGUCUGCUGGAAAAGGCAGGAGGACAAGAGACGGCAGCCUGCUAGCUACAACAAGGACUCCCAACUGAUGCAGAGAAACACACAUCACGAGGAGCCUUUUCUGGGAUUUUACAGGAUCUUGGGCAAGUUAGCAAAUGACAACAGCAAAACAGAAGUAAGUUUCCCGAAGCAAGGGCAUUCUGCUUUUGAAGAAGCACAGCCGUUUCGGUGCCUGGGAGGAGACCGAGAGCGGAUGACAGCUAAUCAUGAGACAUACCUUCUUAUGGCGAGCACGCAGAAUGACAUGGAGGAUUGGGUGAAAUCUAUUCGCAGGGUUAUAUGGGCGCCAUUUGGAGGAGGUAUUUUUGGCCAGAAGCUGGAAGAUACUGUCCGAUAUGAAAAGCGAUAUGGGAACCGCCUGGCUCCUAUGUUGGUGGAACAGUGUGUGGAUUUUAUUCGACAGCGGGGGCUAAAGGAAGAAGGCCUUUUCCGACUGCCUGGGCAGGCUAAUCUUGUCAAGGAGUUACAGGAUGCAUUUGACUGUGGAGAGAAGCCUUCUUUUGACAGCAAUACAGAUGUGCACACGGUAGCAUCAUUGCUUAAGCUAUACCUAAGGGAACUCCCAGAACCAGUCAUACCAUAUGCAAAAUAUGAAGAUUUUCUUUCCUGUGCCAAAAUGCUCAGCAAGGAGGAAGAAAUGGGCCUGAAAGAACUGGUGAAGCAAGUGAAGAGCCUGCCAGCUGUCAAUUACAAUCUGCUGAAAUAUAUCUGUAGAUUCCUUGAUGAAGUCCAGUCUUAUUCAGGCAUAAACAAAAUGAGUGUGCAAAAUCUGGCUACCGUUUUUGGCCCCAACAUCCUUCGCCCCAAAGUGGAAGAUCCUCUGACUAUCAUGGAGGGUACAGUAGUAGUCCAGCAGCUCAUGUCAGUGAUGAUUAGCAAACACGAAGAGCUGUUUCCCAAGGAUGCAGACCCUCAGAUGGGACCCGACGUAUGCAACAACAACAAUGAAAUGCCAAAGAAAGCGAUUGCAGGGCAGCUACAGAACAAAGAGAACAACAACACCAAGGAGACAGCAAUGAGGCGCUGCUCUUGGGACAAACCUGAGUCUCCCCAAAGGGGAAGUAUGGACAAUGAGUCUCCGACUGCUCUGCCAGGCAGCAAGACAAAUAGCCCCAGGAACAGCAUCCAGAAACUAGAUGUCACCAGAAGCCCACCACUCAUGGUGAAAAAAAAUCCUGCUUUUAAUAAAGGUAGUGGCAUAGUCACCAACGGGUCCUUCAGCAGUUCUGUAGAGGGCCCUGAGAAGAGCCAGACCUUACCAAACUGUACCCUGCAAACUAGGAGAACAUCGUCCCUGAAAGGACCAGUGACUAAGAUGGGCACACACAGCGUGCAGAAUGGAGGUGUGCGGAUGGGUGUUUCUAGCACAGAUGGGCAUAGCAACACUCUCAACAGCCGCACCCCAGGCUGGGUGCCCAAUGGCUACGUCACGCUGAGGGACAACAAACAGAAAGAACUAGUGAGUGAGUCAGGCCAGCACAACAGGCUUUCCACCUAUGACAAUGUCCACCAGCAGUUCUCUGUGGUGAACUCUGAUGACAAACAGAGUGUGGACAGUGCCACCUGGUCAACAUCCUCUUGUGAAAUAUCCCUCCCUGAGCAGUCCAACUCCUGUCGUUCAUCUACCACCACCUGCCCUGAGCAGGACUUUUAUGCGGGUAACUUUGAAGACUCUGUGCUGGAUGGACCACCACAUGAAGACCUCUCUAACCCCGGUGACUAUGAGAACAAAAGUGACAGAAGGAGUGUGGGGGGCCACAGCAGCCGAGCCACCAGCAGCAGCGAUAACAGUGAAACGUUUGUUGCCAACAGUACUAACAAUCACAGUGCUUUGCACAGCCUGGUGUCCAGCUUGAAGCAAGAGAUGGCCAAGCAAAAACUAGAGUAUGAGACAAGGAUAAAAAGCUUGGAGCAGAGAAAUCUCACCCUGGAGACGGAAAUGAUGGCCCUGCAUGAAGAACUGGAUCAAGAGCGGAAGAAGUUCACAAUGGUAGAAAUCAAAAUGCGUAAUGCAGAACGGGCCAAGGAAGAUGCAGAGAAGAGGAAUGAUAUGUUGCAGAAGGAAAUGGAGCAGUUUUUCUCCACUUUUGGAGAACUAACAGUGGAGUCUCGCAGACCAGAAAGAGGCAAUACCAUCUGGAUCCAGUGAGCAUUGGAAGCGUAGACUGUGGGACUUUGGGGAAGGGCUUGGGGGUAUUAUACUGUAUCAGGUGGCUGGUCACCUGUCUGAGGCUAGUACUCAACAUAAUGUUAUAAACCCUUGAAGGAAGAAAUCAUACAGACAUUAACCACUCAUAUCUACAGUGUGUACUUAUCAAGUUUUACUCCUUGAAUGCUUCAUGAGACUACUGUCAAGUGUUACAACUGGAUACGUGUAUAUAAAUUUUAAAAAAAAAAAUCACCUUAGAGAGCAAGAGAUGUAUCUCAAGAAAUAUUUUAAUGCAAGUCUUGUAUUUAAACUGGUAAAUUGAAAUGUUGUUGCAAUCAAGCUUUAUAUCAAGGCUUUUCUCCCUUGCACUUAACAUAAUAAGCUAUUUUUGGCAUUGUGUUACCAUCAGCUUAUUUUGUAUAUCAAAUGUUUUUUGGUUUUGUUUUUGUUACCCCUCUUGCUGGGGACUGAAGAUAAACAGAUAUGUUAAGGUA